AUGGUCGCCCUGUCGAUGGCAGAUGGCUACGCCCGUCUGACGGGCAAGCCUCAAUGCGUCAUUGUCCAUGUCGACGUUGGCACUCAAAGUCUGGGCGCCGGCGUCCAUAACGCCAGCGCCGGUCGCAGCCCGGUCCUCAUAUUUGCGGGUCUAAGCCCCUACACGGUGGAAGGUGAGCUGUGUGGUUCGCGGACAGAAUACAUCCACUGGAUUCAGGAUGUGCCAGACCAGAAGCAGAUAGUGGCGCAGUAUUGUCGGUAUUCAGGAGAGAUCAAAACAGGGAGGAAUGUGAAACAGAUGGUCCACCGUGCACUGCAGUUUGCAACAAAUGAUCCUCCAGGGCCGGUCUAUCUUGUCGGCGCGCGAGAGACCAUGGCUGAGGAAAUUGAGCCUUACUGGCUGGAUCAAAGCGUCUGGAAGACGGUGGGGCCUGCAGCGUUGCCGCCUCAGGGCGUGGAAAGCAUCGCCAAGCAACUCAUAGAUGCGGAGCGGCCACUACUGAUAACCGGAUAUUCGGGUCGCAAUCACGCCGCCGUACCGGAGCUCAUUGCUCUAGCCGAUACGAUGAAAGGUCUUCGCGUCCUAGUCACUGAUGGAAGUGACCUGUGUUUCCCCUUCUCGCAUCGCGCGUCCCUUGGCAUGAAAUAUGGCGUUGAUGACGACAUCCCGCAAGCAGACUUCAUCUUGGUUGUGGAUUGCGAUGUGCCUUGGAUUCCGACCCAAUGCAGACCCAAUGACAAGUGCAAGAUCGUGCACGUCGACAUUGACCCUCUCAAGAACAUGAUGCCGGUAUUUUAUCUUCCCGCCGUUGAACGUUAUAAGGCCGACGCCACGACUGCAUUCAAACAACUUCAUACGUGUCUGUCCCGGCAGUAUGGAAAUGUUCUUGACUCUGAGAAAUUUGAUAUUCGCUGGAUGAAACUAGGAGAGAGUCAUGCGAAGCGGCUUGAAGUAAUCCAAAGUCUUGCUGCACCUCCAGAAGGCGGAGCCUUAUCGAGUUCCUAUGUUUGUGCCGAGGCGAGGAAGUUAUGUCCCGAUGACACAAUUUGGACCGUCGAGGCUGUCACCGAAACAAUCUUCGUGGCCGACCAGAUACAAGCUGAGGCUCCAGGAAGCUGGAUCAACCAGGGUGGAGGAGGCCUGGGGUGGUCUGGCGGAGCGUCGUUGGGUAUCAAGCUCGCCUCAGACGCCGGAGCUGGCGGCCCUGGCAAGGGGAAAUUUGUUUGCCAGAUCGUGGGCGAUGGCUCAUACUUGUUCAGCUUUCCCGGAUCCGUGUACUGGAUUGCUCAGCGGUACAACAUCCCUACCUUGACCGUCGUUCUCAACAACAAGGGCUGGAAUGCACCCCGCCGCUCGCUUCUCCUAGUCCACGCUGAUGGUGAAGGCAGCCGAUCCACAAAUGAAGAGCUCAACCUCAGUUUCGAGCCCUCCCCCGACUACGCUGGUAUUGCCAAGGCUGCGAGCGGGGGCAAGAUGUGGGCCGGACGCGCCACUUCUGUGGACGAGUUCUCGGAGCUGCUGCCUGAAGCAAUCAAGAGCGUGAAAGAGGGGACUGGCGCUGUUUUAGAGGUGAGGCUGAAAGAUAAGGAUACCGUGCCGAAGCAGAAGAGUUGA